GAAUGUACAUUUAUACGUCACAUUGGCACAAAAUGCAAUUCCAAUUUCAAACACGGGGAGGCAGUAAUAAACACUAGUGUCUCAUGUCAGUCAGACAUUUUCAAAAGAACAAGGCUUUGCAACAUGGCGUUACGCACACGGCUGUCCUUGCUGUUUUCCAAAAAUCUCCCACCAUUCAGACAUGGGAGUUUCGUCCACACUGAGGCGGUGGUUAAGGAGCCAAACUACCCCCCUAUUCUUCCCUCUCUUACGGCUAAAAGCAAAUCUGCGCGGCAGCGGCAAGUGGUCGAGCAUGUCAAUAAAAUCUGUGCUGCACCGUUGGCGGAGAAGCUCUCCCUCGUCACUCGCAUCCAGUGGAAGAAAUACGUGGUUUACCCUCAGACCUUCGCUCGGAAUGCAGAUAAAUGGUACCAACACUUAACAAAAACAACUUAUAUUCCUGGUCUACCCGAAAAAUUCCGGAGUCCAGAGAGUCCGGAGAAGACCACUGAGAAGGAGGGUUCGGAGUCGGCCGCAGCUCCUGCCGCAGGUCUGGAUAUUGACGAUGAAGCAUUUGCGGUCAUCCGCGACCUGGUCACCCAAAUAAUUUUACAGGAGCACUGGCACACGAAGAAACACACACCCUUCUUGUACCGACGACAGGAGCUGUUGGUGGGACCUUUUCUGAGGAACCUGGUGACUGAACUCACUUUUACUCUUGCCAAAUUCAACCCGCUGUUUCGCCUAUGCAGUCUAGAUAUUAACCCACAAGUGAACUUCUAUUGGAGAAGAGGUCAGAGAAUUAUCCCCAGGGGCCACCGAAAAGGUCGCCAGGAGCCAACCCGCUUCCAGAUUGAUGAUCAUCCAAACUGUCAGAUUAGGAUCACAGAGCAGCUCCCGCAGUUUGCCCAAAUGGAGGCAUUUUAUGACGCUGAGGUUCCAGAGAUCACCGUUUCCCCCGACAAGAUGCCAUUGUUUAAACGACAAUAUGAUAACCACAUCUUCACAGGUGCUAAACUGCCGGACCCAGCACGUUAUGGUCACACUCAGUUCCAUUUGGUCCCUGAUCAGUACCACAGAGACCAGAUGGCUAAACGGGGGCAUUCUGACCAUGUGGAGGUUUUCCUCAGAGCCAAUGCCAUGGCCAGUCUCUUUGCUUGGACAGGAGCUCAGGCCAUGUACCAGGGUUUCUGGAACCACGAGGAUGUGACCAGGCCUUUUGUGUCUCAGGCCGUGAUCACCGACGGCAACUUCUUCUCCUUCUUCUGCUACCAGCUGAACACAGUGGCCCUAUCUGUAGAGACCGAUGCCAACAACCCUAGGAAAAACGCCCUGUGGGGCACAGAGAGCCUCCGACUGUAUGAGAGUGUGAAGGAUGGAGAGGUGUUGGGCCUGGAUGAUGGAGUCAUCAGGCUUCUCAUCAGCUUCCUCAUGAACAAACCGUAGACGUUGAAUAGAUCUGCUGACGAUGGACUGCUAUUGGAACACAACUGUAUUCUUCAAAAACAUUUCCAAAAAGAAGAAAAAAUUGAACAUGUUUCAGUUUGAACAAUUACUGUGCAGAAUAUUUAUGUUAAAAUAAAAGUAAGUCUUCACAAAGUA